AUUCAAUUCGAUUCAAUUCAAUUCAAUUCGAGAUAAUAAUAAAAUGCUCGCUGCACUCAAGUCCGCCGCCGUGCUCAAGCCCAGCUCUCUGCGCCAGCUCGCCACCUGGGCCCACAUCCCCAUGGGUCCUCCAGACACCAUCCUGGGCAUCACCGAGGCCUUCAAGCGGGACCCGCAUGCGCAGAAAAUGAAUCUCGGUGCUGGCGCCUACCGCACAGACAACGGCCACCCCUACGUCCUGAGCUCCGUGCGCAAAGCCGAACACUCCCUGCUCGCACAGCUGCAAGACAAGGAGUACUUGCCCAUAACCGGCCUCGCGCAAUUCACCGACGCCGCGACCAAGCUGGCAUAUGGCGCCCAAAGCCCUGCCUUGCAAGGAGGGAGGUUGGCUGUGACACAGAGCAUCUCUGGCACCGGUGCCUUGCGUAUUGGCGCCGAGUUUUUGAGCAAGCACUAUCCCAACCACCAGGUUUAUUUGCCCAAUCCCACCUGGGGCAACCAUGGGGCUAUUUUCCGCGCUAGCGGGUUGGAGGUUAAGCAGUACCGGUACUUUGACAAGUCGACCAAUGGACUGAACCUCGAGGCAAUGCUGGAGGAUAUCCGGGAGAUGCCCCAGGGAAGCGUUGUGCUUCUGCAUGCCUGUGCCCACAACCCAACCGGCGUCGACCCCUCGUUGGAGCAGUGGGCGAAGAUCCAGCAGGCAAUGGAGGAAAAGGGACACCUUGCCUUCUUCGACAUGGCAUACCAGGGCUUCGCCUCCGGCGAUGCUGACCGGGAUGCCGGUGCCCUGCGGAUGUUCGUCGAGGGAGAUCGUGUACCCGUGGUUUUGGCCCAGAGCUUUGCCAAAAACAUGGGGCUCUACGGCGAGCGCGUCGGCACCUUCAGCGUGGUUUCCAACGAUAAGGAGGAGCGUGACCGCGUCUUGUCCCAGAUGAAGAUCCUCAUCCGCCCACUGUACUCCAACCCUCCAGUUUACGGUGCCCGGAUUGCCGCCGAGGUUCUGACCAAUGAGGAGCUUCGCAAGGAGUGGUUGGCGGAGGUUAAGAUGAUGGCGGAUCGCAUUAUUGGGAUGCGCUCGGCUUUGCGUAGUGAGCUGGAGAACCUUGGGUCGAAGAGAGAAUGGAAGCAUGUGACAGAUCAAAUUGGUAUGUUCUGUUAUACUGGUUUGUUGCCUGAACAGGUGGAUAGCUUGGCUAGGGAUUAUCAUAUUUAUCUGACCAGAGAUGGCCGCGUGUCGAUUGCUGGUAUCACCAGUGGGAACGUCAAGUACUUGGCUGAAUCUAUCCACGCUGUUACCAAGGAUUAGGCUUUUUUUAGGUGUUUCGUAUGACAUUAGGUAAAUAGUAGUGCCUUCAAUUCAAUAUAUUGGUAAAAAUAAAUUAAUUAAUUGUAUUGGC